AUGCGCUUAGUUGCAGAGGAUGCUAGCUCUGCAGCCAAUUCAAAGGCUCUUGGGGCCUCUUUCUCUGGUGCGGCCUGCUUGGGGCUGGAUCUGUGUCAGCGUGGUCUGGGUCUGGGUGGCCAGCCUGAGUCUGCUGUAGGAAUUGAGUGGAAGGAGAGACCUCUGUUGUCCAUGGCCAGCUGGCCACGGGGUCUGGGUAAGGCUGAUAUAAGAGCCCUUAGGGGCAUCCUGAGCAAGAGGGUCAGCUUCUCUGUGGCCCAGAAGCUGAUCCGUAGAGACUGCUACUUCCUGCCUGUCCUCCUACAGGCAGACGUUUCUGUCGCUGUGUAUAAGCAGUGGAUUCCAAACACCAAUUUUGAAGAUGCUUCCAACUGGGACAAAAACCGAACUCCAAGUGAGACCGACAUUGUCGUGUUUGACAGCAAUAAGAUGGUCUCUGUAUUUGUUGGGAGCACCCAUGUCCUUACGGGCGCACACUUGCCUCUAGAUGGAGAGUUUAUCUUGGCUCCUGGUGCUGGCUUCGCUGCAUCCGAUGGAGCCUCUGAUCCCAGUUCAGAUUCAGAUCACAAUAUCCACUUCCUAAAUGCUGAUCGAUAUAGCUGGUAUGACCCUUCCUUGUGGCAUACAGACCAAGAAAGUAGUGACCGCCUAUUUUCCAUGGAUGCCGAACUUAUCCCCUGUCGCCAGGAUGACGUCAUCUUCCCACCUGAAACCUCCUUCCGUGUGGACCUGGGGGCUGGUGGCCGGACAAUCAACCUCCAUAGUAUAUCCAUCAUGGGCCAGAAGUUCAACACGGACCAAGAGCUGACCACCUAUCUAACCAGCAGCACUGGGAAGCUCCAAUUCCAUGGCACUGGUUCUCUGAGGCUGGCCCCUGACCCCUGUGAGGACCCUUCAGGCUGUGAGUGUGGUAAUGAUGAGGUCCUGGCCUGGAUCUGUGCCUCUCUGCUCCAGGCCUCUGGAGGUCACUGCCCCAAGCCUGCAUGCCAAGGAGCCCUGAAGCCUGUGGGCCAGUGCUGUGAGAUCUGUGGAGCCAUGCUCUUCCUCAACUACACCCAGGCCUUUGAUCUCCAGCAGUACAAGCAGAGGCUGAUCAAUACCUUCCUGGAUCUGCCACAGGCUUCGGGGGUGCACGUGGCCAUCUCAAAAGUGUCCAGGGCUCACACUCUGCGAGGGUCAGUGCACACAGCGAGUGGGAAGCGCCAGGCCGAGACCUUGGCACAGAUCCAGGUGGUGCUGACAGAUGAUGGAUCCGGGCCUGAGGCAGGAAAGGCAGCUAUACACGUGGCGCAGGCCAUCCUCACUGACGUGGCUGAGCAAGGGGCAUCCUUUGGGGUUCUGCAGUGGGACAUGGAGUAUUCAGGCAGCAGUGGCUCCACGCUUGGGCUGACAGGAGCGAGCUCGACCUCAGGGCUGGUGACUGGCAUGGCUAUUGCCUUGGUCCUGGGGCUGAUGGUUAUGCUUGGGGGUCUUCUGCUCCUUCACUGGACUGGCCGGGUCAGGCUGUGGCCCCUGCCGAUCCCCACUCUGUGGCAGAGAUCAGAACCCGCAUCCGACCAAGGGAACCUAGGCUUCGACAACCCUAUUUUUGACAGUCCAGCCCCUGCCUCGGUCCUGACCCCUGACGCUGAUGUGAACGUGGUUGUAGAAGAUGCUUCCUCUCCAACAAGCCCCACCAAGAAUAGUGGCAGCUACUUCAUUAACCCCUUGUUUGAAUCAGACAUCUGAGGCCCUCCCAUCCUUGACCCUUGCCAUG